GGAAGCAGGAGAGGAGAAGAGAGGAGAAGAGAGGAGAGAGGAGAAGAGAGGAGAAGAGAGGAGAGAGGAGAAGAGAGGAGAAGAGAGGAGAGACAGAGACAGAACAAGAAGCUCUUCGUGUUCUUAAGAAACUACUUCCUGGAUUUGUUUCUGGAGCAUGUGCUGCAUGAGGAGGGUUCGGAGGAGGAGGAAGGAAGUGAGGAAGCAGUGUUAAGAAGAGAAACACCCUCACACACACUCACACACACACACACACACACACACACACACACACACACACACACACACACACACACACACUGCUGCAAAGUCCACUUCCUGUGGGCAUGGUGUGUUUCUGAGGGUCAUCAUGGAGCCCGAGGAGGAGCAGGAUGGAGGAGAGGAGCCUAAAACCUCCACCUCCAUCUCCCCCAGCGCUGUCUCCCCCCCGGCCGCCCACAGCAGGACCUUCACCGGCGGCCUCAGGAUCUUCGGCAGGAACCUCUGCGUCCGUCAUGGAUACUUUUUUCCGGCGUCACUUUAAGAAGAAGGAGGCUGCCCUGCUGCCGCUGAGCAAGGCACGGCGCCGCUCCAACGCCGGCUUGCCCUCCGGCGCCCUGACGCAGCGCCGCCGCUCCAGCGCUCACCUGCAGCCGGCGCACCUGGGGAAGGGGGUGGGGCCUGUGAGGGGGGCGGGGCCUGCGAGGAGGCGGAGCUCCAGCACAACAACACCCAGGUUCACUGUGGGCAAAACAGGGAAGAAGCUACGUAGCAUCGACGCCCCCCUGCUGGGGUCCUCCAUAAUGCUGGCUAGCCUCAUGAUGACCGAGGAGGAGGAGGAGGAGGAGAAGGGGGCGGGGCUUCCUCUAGAGGAGCAGCAGGUGGAGUUGAGUUGCCUCCACUCAGACAUUAGCGACUACGACAGCCAAUCAGAGGCCAGCCAGGUGUCGGAGGCGGACCCUCUGGAGGACCACGCCCCCCUGCAGGUGGUGAGGGAUCCCCCCCCCUUGCGGCCCCCCCCCUCGAGGCCCCUGAUCCCUCGCUGUCUGCGCAGGAACUCCUCUCAGCUGUUCUCAGGAGACCUGAGGAAGAGGAGGAGGAUCUCCACCAUCUCUCAGGCUGGGAGCCCCUGGCCGGGGAGGGGGGGGGGGGUCCUCUACCGCAGGACCUCCGUCUACCACCAGGGGUCCGUCUGCAGGGGCCCCAGACCCCUGAUCCCCCUGGAGAGCUGGAGCGACUUACUGCUGAAAGCCUUAGUGAAGGGUCUUCCUCUCGAAGUGUCCGACCAGGCGACGCCGGGACAAAGUGAAACUCUUCAGGAGCCGAGCAGCACCGUGGACUGGAGCGAGAACGCUCUGUUCGGAGAUCACAUCUGGUUUGAGACCAGCGGCUCCGGAGACUUCUGUUACGUGGGAGAGCAAUACUGCAUCGCCAAAUCUCUGCAAAAGUCGGUGGCGAGGAAGAAGUGUGCGGGAUGUAAGAUCUCCGUCCACAGCCUCUGCAUGGAGCAGCUGAGGAAGAUCAAUUUCAGGUGCAAGCCGUCGUUCAGAGAGCCAGCGUCUCGAGCCGUGAGAGAGUCCAACGCGGUGCGGCACCACUGGGUCCACCGGAGGCGUCAGACGGGGAGGUGUCGGCAGUGUGGGAAGGGGUUCCAGCAGAAGUUCUCGUUCCACAGCAAAGAGAUCGUGGCCAUCAGCUGUUCGUGGUGCAAGCAGGCGUACCACAACAAGGUGACGUGCUUCAUGCUGCAGCAGAUCGAGGAGUGCUGCUCUCUGGGCGCUCACGCUGCCGCCAUCGUCCCGCCCACCUGGAUCAUCAGGGUCCGCAAAACACAGACGUCUCUAAAGUCGAGUAAAAAGAAGAAAAGGACGUCGCUGAAAAGCAACAAGUCGAGCAAGAAGGGAUCAGAGGUGGUAGAUGGCCGCUGGAAGCCCUUCCUGGUGAAGCCGGUCCCCUCUCAGCUGAUGAAGCCUCUGCUGGUGUUCGUCAACCCGAAGAGCGGGGGCAACCAGGGAGCGAAGAUCAUCCAGUCCUUCAUGUGGUACCUGAACCCCCGGCAGGUGUUCGAUCUGACCAAGGGGGGUCCCAGAGAGGGAUUGGAGCUUUACGCCAGGGUGCCCAACCUGAGGAUCCUGGCCUGUGGGGGGGACGGCACGGUGGGGUGGAUCUUGUCGGUGUUGGAGGAGCUGAAGUUGAGUCCUCAGCCUCCGGUGAGCAUCCUGCCUCUGGGGACCGGAAACGACCUCGCCAGGACGCUCAACUGGGGAGGGGGUUACACGGACGAGCCCAUCACUAAGAUCCUGUCCCACGUGGAGGACGGGAACGUGGUGCAGCUGGACCGCUGGAGCCUGAAGGUGGAGGCCAACCCCGAGGCCCGGCCCGAGGACGCAGACGAGCACCAGACCGACAAG